UCGAGAACGAAACACACUUUGGUUGAUCGUCCUAGUGGCAGCAUUAGGAAAACGGAUUAAAUUUUUUGCGAGCUAAACCCUACAUGUCGCAAUGUCUCUUGGGCUUAUCAGUGAACUAUUGUUAAUAGCCGUCAUCGUGCUAUUGUGUUGGGCAGUGCGUGAGUUCGGAAGUGCAAUCUGGUAUGCUGGCAAACUAGCAGGUCCCGUAGCCUAUCCACUGUUCGGCAAUGGAUUACAAUUUUUAAACUUACCUAGAGCUGAACUCUUACCAGUUCUCGGUGGGUUAAUUAAGCGGUAUGGGGACUGUUUCCGGCUUUGGCUUGGUACACAUUUGUUAGUGAUAAUAAACGAUCCAAAAGAUAUCGAGGCCAUAUUAAGCAACCCGAAGUGUAUCGAUAAAUCAAUAGAGUACAGUUUCUUUCGCCUAUGGUUGGGCGAUGGUUUACUAACUAGCACCGGGCACAAAUGGCGAACACAUCGCAAAAUCAUUACGCCCUCGUUUCACUUUAAAAUUCUGGAGCAGUUUGUGGACAUUUUCGAUCAGCAGAGCAGUAUUCUGGUCAGGAAACUAGAACCGUUUGCCAGAGAAACAGGUGAAUCGUUCGAUCUGUUCCCGGUAGUGUCGCUUUGCACGCUCGACAUAUUUUACGAAUCGGCGAUGGGCGUUACGAUGAACGCACAGCUCAACUCCGAAUCGGGCUAUGUGCGAGCGGUUAAAGAAAUGACUAGCCUGAUACAGGACAGAUUCUACGAUUUUUUGCUACGUUACGAGUUCUUUUUCCGAUUUUCGGCCAACCGGCGGCGACAGCUGAAGGCACUGAAGGUCCUGCAUGGCUACACCAACAGGGUGGUCAUCACCAAGCGUGAGGAACUGGCAAAAAAAUCGGCCACAACCGAACCGACACGAAUGGAUGGCGAUGCGGAGGUUGGUACCAAGAAGCGUAUGGCCUUCCUGGAGAUGCUUCUACAGUCAACGAUCGACGGAGAACCCCUGACGGAUUUGGAGAUCCGUGAUGAAGUCAACACAUUUAUGCUCGGUGGUCAUGAUACCACGGUAGCGGCCAUUAGUUUUUUGCUCCACAGCUUAGCCAACUAUGACUGUAUCCAGCAGAAAUUGUUCGACGAGGUACGGAGCAUUGUAGGAGAUGAUCUAUCUGAAUCCCCAACUAUGGCAAUGCUGAACGAUAUGAACUACCUGGAGCUGGUCAUUAAGGAGACACUCCGGCUGUACCCCUCUGCCCCGUUGUUUGGAAGGAAAAUGAUGGAAAACACCGAGAUCAAUGGAAAAAUAUUUCCCGCAGGUGCCAACGUUGUGGUUUGUCCGUUCUUUCUCGGGCGCAAUCCGAAGUAUUUCCCGAAUCCGCUGGUGUUCGAUCCGGAGCGGUUCAACGUGGAAACUUCAGCAGAGAAGACGAACCCGUACCAGUACAUUCCGUUCAGUGCCGGUCCACGGAACUGCAUCGGUCAGAAGUUUGCCAUGCUAGAGAUUAAGAGUGUGAUCAGUAAAGUGCUCAGGCAUUAUGAGAUUCUACCAGCACCCCAAGAGAUACGAAGCGUUGAGACACUGCAACCCUUCCACAGUGCUGAUAGGAUCUUUGGUUCAUAUUCGAUUCCAGAAUUUCUCCAUGUUGUAAGAACACUGAUCACGGAAUAUGGCGACUGCUUCAGGGUGUGGCUUGGCACGCAGCUUGUCAUUGUGGUAAAUGAUCCAAAGGAUAUCGAGGUUGUGCUCAGCAGUCCGAAGUACAUUGAUAAAUCUACCGAAUAUGACUUUAUCCGUCCCUGGUUGGGAGAAGGACUGCUGACGAGUGCGGGACGAAAGUGGCACACACAUCGGAAGGUGAUCACGCCCACGUUUCACUUCAAGAUUCUAGAGCAGUUUGUCGAGAUCUUUGAUCGCCAGAGUACUACAUUCGUCCAGAUGCUGAAGCCAUUUGCCGAAUCCGGCAAAUCGUUCGACAUUUUCCCGCAGGUGACGUUGUGUGCUUUGGAUGUAAUCUGUGAAUCGGCCAUGGGAACGAAGGUUGAUGCACAGCUACACUCGACCUCAACGUAUGUGUUGGCCGUCAAGGAAAUAUCGAAUCUCAUCCAGUUGAGGUUUUAUGAUUUCCUCAUCCGCUACAACUUCUUCUUCCGCCUGUCGUCGAACAGCCGGAAGCAAAAGAAGGUGUUGAAAAUUCUGCACAACUACACGGACAGUGUGAUAAGUGAUCGAAGGAAGCAGCUGGCCAACGCCAGUAACACCGGAGGAUCCGAAAAACCGAACGAUCAUGAUCUAGGCAUCAAGAGGAAAAUGGCCUUUCUGGAUAUGCUGCUACAGUCCACCGUUGAUGGGCGACCACUAACGGAUCUGGAGAUACGCGAAGAGGUGGAUACGUUCAUGUUCGAGGGCCACGAUACGACAACAUCGGCGAUUAGUUUCCUGCUCCAGAGUCUGGCCAAGAACCCGGCCAUUCAGCAGAAGGUGUUCGACGAGGUGCGAAAUAUUGUCGGUGACGAUCGCACGCAACCCGUCACGAUGGCAAUGUUGAACGAAAUGAGCUACCUCGAUUUGGUCAUAAAGGAGACGCUUCGGUUGUACCCUUCUGUUCCGAUGAUUGGUCGCAAAAUGUAUCAAACAACCGAGAUCAAUGGAAAAAUAUAUCCUGCAGGCGCAAACGUGAUCAUCAUGCCAUUUUUCGUAGGGCGCAGUUCUAAGUAUUAUACAAAUCCAGAGAAGUUCGAUCCGGAGCGAUUCAACGUGGAAACGUCGGCGGAGAAGACGAACCCGUACCGGUACAUUCCGUUCAGCGCUGGGCCGCGGAACUGCAUCGGUCAGAAGUUUGCCGUCGCAGAACUAAAAAGUUUAGUCAGCAAAGUGCUCAGACAUUACGAGAUUCUACCUCCAACUGAGCAGUGGGAUGAGUCUUUUAUUGCGGAGCUUAUUCUACGGCCAGAGCAUGGAACGUUCGUUCGGUUGAAGCAGAGAAUGUAUUAAGCCUUAAGCCUACCAUUGUUUAAAUGAUUUUGGUUGAAUAUUGUGAUUUACAAUGCUUAUUCAUGUAUGAACUGAUCAAUUUAAAACAUGUAAUGUGCCAAAUUCAACAUUUAAUUUUUAAAGAUAAGAAAAUCUAUAUUAUUAUUUUUAUGUUGCAUGGUAGCAAUUGCCGAAAUAAAAAAAAAUAGUUGAUCAUGUGUAGAAU